AUGGCACUAAGUGCCACAUGGUUUUUCGCAAGCGUCCUUCUGGCAGUGGUGACCAGAGCGCUUCCUGAUGGACCAAAAAUCACGCCGCCUCCCGUAAAUCCGAACAUUCUCGCGAUCGAUCCGACUUCAUCUGGCCAAAUUGGCAUCAAUCCAGUUACAUCGGAUCUUGGAGACCCAUACUCAUAUGUUCUGACCAAACUUGGCUCUAGCAAUCCUGUAGUGACAUGGGAUGGAUCAGUAUACCAUUACAUCGAAGGGCAUACAAAUUACCUGACAGUCGAGACAAAGACCACUACGGUGAACAAUGUCCCAACUACCACGACAUCGACAGUUAAGGUCUCCGUGGAGACUGCCGUAGCCGGUGGUGAUACGGGUCAGGAAGCUGGUGCACUUGGCAUCACAUUCUCCAAGGACAUCGCAGACAAUUUAAGGAAGACUGCCGAAGCGGCCAUUCAGAAGUGCGGCGUAACCAGGAAGCGAUCAGACGUGGCAUCUUGCCUUAUUGAGGCAGCAUCGUCUGCCAGUGGGAAGGGUGGCCCCCUCGAGGGUGUAGCAUCAGAUGAUUUCUGGGAAUCCAUCACGGCCGAGGUUGCGGAAAAUGCAUCCAGUGUUCUCAAGAAUGCGAUUGCUGUUAUACAGAGCCAGGCACAAAAGAAGAAGACAUUAAUUCUCGUGGCCGUCUUCCUGACUGCUACAGUCCUUGAGGGGCCUAAGGAUAGCAACGAUAAUCCCUUAGCGGCAAUCAACAUACCCGCCACUGGAGUUGGCUCGAUGACAAAUGAAGAUACCGACGACACCUGUCCUCCGGAAAAACGCAAGAGGACGAAGAAUUCCCCGCCAUGCGAUGAUUUUGAUUGCAAGGGGCCUCAUGACAUCCAACAUUGCAUAGAAGGCGAAAACAAAGACUGUCCUUGUCUCCUUCGAGCUAGGGGUGGACCAAAGCAGGUGCCUGAUCAAAGCUGGUGGGACGAGCAACAGGACGCUAUUGCGUCUGUUAUCGCAAGCCCCGAGAUCCUUACCGCCACCGCGGAUUGCUUCGUCAAUAGUGACGGCAAUGCCUUCGAUGGCAAGCCUGCAGCCUCACCCGCCUCGUGGUGCGUGUGCAACAGCUCUGGUACAAGCCGUCUUUAUCCCACCAACGACUCGCCCUCUUCGCCGUGCUCCUACAUGGCCUUGCCAACCACUACCGUCUCGGUGUCGUUGACGGCGCCUCAUGGUGGUACAGUGACUUCUUGUCGCAUCGAGAGCUACACGGCAGCCACUCUUACAACUACUCUCAAGCCGUACUGCACCUGCAACGACAACUCCAUGUAUCCUAUUGGUACGUGGUCGGAUAACGGCUCCCAGACGACUGGAUGUACCGCGACGCGGGCCACCGCUCCACCACCCACUUCAUCUGCCCCUCCUCCGCCGCCGCCGCCACCACCUCCGCCCCCAGUCAAUGAACCGCCCCCAGGCAUAAACUGCAGGAACAGUGACGACUGUAGCUAUUAUAUCUGCUCGGACGGAUCGAAACCUGGAUGUGGUGCUGGGGCCGGCGAUCCGUUUUCGCAUUUCUGUGUAUGCUAG